AUGGAACCUGACAAUGAUUGUGGUUGGAAGCCAAAAGAAGGAAUGACCUUUGAUUCGGAAGAAUGUGCGUACGAUUUUUAUAAUGCAUAUGGAGGAAGAAUGAGAUUUAGCAUAAGAAGGGAAUAUUGUAAGAAGAACAAGUUAACAAAACAAAUUAUUUCUAGAAAUUUGGUUUGCAACAAAGAGGGAUUUCGGAAGGUUGACAAGCGAGACCCAUUGACAAAAACCCCUAGAGCUGAAACUAGGACUGGUUGUGACGCCCGACUUUUUGUUAAAUUGGAUGUCAAUAGUGGGAAAUUUGUUGUGAUUGAUUUCAAAGAAAAACACAACCAUGAACUUGUAUCUCUUGAUUGUGCCCAUACGUUGCCAUCGCAAAGAAAGAUAUCAGAUACCCAAGCAAUUGAGUUAGACUUAGCCUCAGAGUCUGGUCUUCGUUUAUGGCAGUUUUUUGAGCUAAUGGACAAUGAGGAGCAAAUAACGAAUAUGUUUUGGGCCAAUGCACAAAUGGUCAUGGAUUAUGCCCAAUUUGGCGAUGUAGUUAUAUUUGAUACUACCUACAAGUUAAAUAAAGAGCAUAGGCCAUUUGCAUCUUUUGUGGGAUUUAAUCAUCAUAGAGAAACAGUUGUUUUUGGUGCUGCGUUGUUAUAUGAUGAGACUGCCGAAACAUUCAACGUACAUUACAAGUCGUGA